GCGGCCGCGCGACGUCCAUCACUUACGGCCGGGCGGUUUACGCUGUGAGUCGGUGGCGCGGCGCCGGUGUCUCGGGAAGGAACGGCUCGGCGUGGGACGGGCGUCCGCGGACGGGACUGGCCGGGCCGCCAUGGAGCCGGAGCCGAUGCUGGAGGGGCAGACGCAGGUCGCCGAGAACCCCCACGCCGAGUACGGCCUCACCGACAACGUGGAGAGGAUAGUAGAAAAUGAGAAGAUUAAUGCAGAAAAGUCAUCAAAACAGAAGGUGGAUCUCCAGUCUCUGCCAACUCGUGCCUACCUGGAUCAGACAGUUGUGCCUAUCUUAUUACAGGGGCUUGCUGUGCUGGCAAAGGAAAGACCACCAAAUCCCAUUGAGUUUUUAGCAUCAUAUCUUUUAAAAAACAAGGCACAGUUUGAAGAUCGAAACUGACUUACUGGAAAGAACAAAGAAAUUUGGUUUCUACUCUCAAUUUACAUGAUUAAGAGGCAGCUUUAAUUGCCAUGAUUCCCCCCACCCUCUCUUGGAAGUAUAAGCAGCUUCAGGACAACAGAACUUGUUUGCAGAAGAAAAUAUCCUCCUUACUUUGAUUCAAUCACCAUACUUAUUUAAUGAGUGUAUUCUGUGUAAUUUUCUCUCAGACUGUCUUUAACUUUGUUUUUAAAAUGACCUUCAAAAUAAACCCUUAAAACAUCAAUAUUUUAAAAGUUA